AUGUCAUCACCAGCGGAUUCGCCUUUUUCGUACUACCAAGAUUUCUCCCCACCAACUCCUUCAGAAUUUCAAUAUGAAUUGGCCCUGGCAACACCACCUGAAUCUCUGCCAUCGCCAUCGCCAUUGCCAUCAUGGAUACCUUCUAAUGUAACCGACCCGGUAUCGCCCUUGGGGAAAAGGAAAGUAGUAUCGACGGGAACUUUGGUUGGAGUGAUUGCGGGGUGUGUGAUAGGUUUCAUACUACUUGUGCUGGCUUUGUGGAUUUUCAUCGUCUGCUAUAGGAGGAAGAGAAGCAAACGACAUGAUGUGGUGGAGAUUUUCCACGGAGAGCCUCCACAUGAACCCAAAGAUGAUCAAUUUAGUGGCCAACCUCAGCAUUUGCAACAAAAUUAUACUCCUCCACUGGCAGACAAAGUAGAAAUAUAUUCAAAUCCUACUGAUUUUCCAGCACCAUCUUCAAGCAGUAGCAGCUUGAGCUCUGAGAAACCACCCUCAGGACAAUCUCCUGGCAUUGCCCUUGGAUCAUCGCAAAUCACAUUUACAUAUGAAGAGUUACUGAUGGCAACAAAUGGUUUCUCCAAUGCCAAUCUCCUUGGUCAAGGAGGAUUUGGUUAUGUCCAUAAAGGAGUCCUUCCAAAUGGGAAAGUGGUUGCAAUUAAGCAGCUGAAAGCUGGGAGUGGACAAGGGGAGCGUGAAUUCCAGGCAGAGAUCGAGGUCAUUAGUCGCGUCCAUCACAGAUAUCUUGUUUCACUGGUUGGAUACUGCAUUAGCGGGGCCCAAAGGAUGCUUAUUUAUGAGUUCGUUCCAAACAAUACCUUGGAAUUUCAUCUGCAUGGAAAGGGGAGGCCAACUAUGAAUUGGCCAACAAGAUUGAAAAUUGCCCUAGGCUCUGCAAAAGGAUUGGCAUAUCUCCAUGAGGACUGUCAGCCCAAGAUCAUACACCGUGACAUCAAGGCAUCUAAUAUUCUUCUUGACCAUAACUUUGAGGCAAAGGUUGCAGAUUUUGGACUUGCCAAGGUUUCUUUAGAUACAGAUACUCAUGUCUCCACUAGGGUCAUGGGAACUUUUGGUUACUUAGCUCCUGAAUAUGCAUCUAGUGGAAAGCUCACUGAGAAGUCAGAUGUCUUCUCAUUUGGGGUUGUUCUAUUGGAGCUGAUAACUGGACGCCAACCAAUUGAUAAAACUCAAUCUUUCACUGAUGAUAGCAUGGUUGAGUGGGCAAGGCCUUUGCUUGCACAAGCAUUGGAAACAGGCAACUUUGAUGCUAUUGUUGAUGUAAGGUUGCAGAAUGACUACAACACUGGUGAAAUGGCUUGUAUGCUUGCUUGCGCUGCUGCUUGCGUACGUCAUUCUGGCCGACGUCGGCCACGAAUGAGCCAGGUAGUUCGAGCUUUGGAAGGAAAUCUUUCUCCAGAUGAGUUAAAUGAGGGAGUUAUACCGGGUCACAGUACAAUAUACAGUUCCUACGGAAGCUCAGACUACAACACUGGUGAAUACAAGGAAGACUUGCGGAAAUUCAGAAAACUAGCAUUAGAAAGCCAAGAGCAAGAACAAGGAACUAGUGGGAUUAGUGGGCCUAGCAGUGAGUUUGAUCAGCACCAAUCUGCCUCUAGUGGUGAAGGCCAACAAACCUCCCAAGAGAUUGAACUUGGGAAAACGAAGAAAAACACCCGUAAUUUGAGUGAAAGCUCUUGA